CACCACCGCAGCCACCACCGCAGCCACCACCGCAGCCACCACUGUCACAACCCUGCGACCAACUGAGAUCACCACCAACCCAAACUCCACCACAACAGCACCACCCAUCCCCACCCUGGGUCCAGUCAUUGUGUGCCCCACUGUCCCGUGCCCACUUGAAAGUGUGUGUCUUAAUAACACUUGCCAGUGUCUCACUGGGAGCUUCCUGCAGGACAACCGCUGCGUCCCAGCCCAAGUGUUUCCAGGCGAGCUUCAUUUCAUGUCCUUGACAUUUCAACCUGAAAUGAGCAACAGGUCCUCUUCAUUAUUCCAGGAAACUGCAGCUAACAUCUCUGAAGCGCUCUUCAGUAUCCUGAAAAAUCAGAAGGGGUAUAUACGAUCUGAUGUUGUGGCGCUUCUACCUGGAAGUAUCCAAGCAUCUGUGAAUAAUAUCUUUGAAAAAGACAGCACCGGCAUCAAUGAAGAUUCUGUCAAAAACGCCAUUGAAAAAGCUAUCAGCAACGCACAGAGCUCCAAUGGAUUUUUUCGUAAUGUGACAUUCGAAGGCAAAGACCUAUGUCAACAGAUUCCACUUCCAUGUGAAGGCUCCACUGCAAAGUGCACGAUUAAAAACAACCAGCCUUCUUGUUACUGUCUUCCUGAAUUUAUCUCCAACGUGUACUCAAACACCAGCUGCAGAGCUUGUCCAAGUGGGGAGAGGGCAGUGAACAACAAUUGUGAACAAUGCCCAUUUGGAUACGCUGGCUUUAACUGCAGGGACUGUGAGUAA